UCUCUCAACUCUGGACCCAACGAUGAGCUUCUUCGGAAAACUUAAGAACCGUGCACCUCAUACCUUGCCAAGGAGAACUGACGUCAACUGCGGGCGUGGCUGGCCUGCUGAUGAGUUUGACAACGAUGAUGGAGACACGUACGAACCGCCUCCCUGCGAGCCUCCACCCAUUCCACCGAGGCACGUGAAGGAGAAUAUUUAUAUGGAUGACCUUUUGGCUCCAGCCCCACCUCCGUGGCCGAUUAAACCUUUGAAAAGUAAAAAGCAAUCAGAGAUGGAUGAAAUCUCCAUAACUGCUCCUGCCAUUAGCAGAAGUGACAAACCCAGGGGGGUGAGAGUGACUUCAUCUCCAGCUGUUUCUUCUCCUGCUUCUCCUCCCAACUCCAUUGCAGACGAAGAUGUUUACAUGGAUCCAGAUAAACAAGCGGAAGAUGAGCUGUAUUUGGAACCAGUGGAUCCCUCUCCAGUUUGUCAAGGAGUGAAGGUGAUGCCGCCAGAUUAUUCACAAUCCUCUGCACCCCGGUUGAAGCCUCCGGUUCCUAGAGCGCAGUCGAAUUCCUCCUUACCGUCCUUUAAUGUCGCUAAACCAGCUAACUUUGAUGUCGGACGAAACACUUUUCCUUUGGUCUUACCCCCCGCCCCCAGUUUCAAGCCACCGCUGCCACAAAACUUGAAACCUCUGGGCUCUGUGAAGCGUAACAAAGACGACAGUAAAGGUGAGGCCUCAAGUGACAGCUCAGUGCAGAUCAAGCUUCCUGACAAUGAGGUGAAAGAAUGGUUUGCUGGAAACUGCAGCAGAAAACAGGCUGAGGAGCAUCUCCUGGGAGUCAACAUGGACGGGGCUUUCCUCAUCCGCAAGAGUUCGAAUCAAUGUGGCCAACAACCGUUCACGCUCGUCGUGCUCCUCCAGCAGAAAGUCUUCAACAUUCCCAUCCGCUUAUUGGAGGAGACACAGAGCUACGUUUUGGGAAAAGAGGGCAAGAAGAUUGAAGAGAAGUUCUCCAACCUUCAGGAGUUGAUUCUUUACCACCAGAAAAACCAUCUGCAUUUGAUUGACAGCAAUUCUCAGGCCAAACACACAACUUUUCUAACACAACCCACUCGACCUUAAAGGGGCCCUAUCGUUUUUUUUUUUUCCUUCAGUAAUGGAAUCUCACAUGUCCUGAUGUUCUCUCCCUCCCACUGUUCUUAUGUUUGUCACCAUUCUUGUUGUGGUCAACAUACAAUUCACCUACAAACACAUCAUGUCACUUUCCUAAUGUGUUUGGUGUUCAGUUAGUGGCAAAGGUUUUGACUUAGGACACCAAAUGGAAGAUGGAUUUGCAGUUGCUGACGCAGUUGAAAUCCAAGUCUUUAAAAAAGCUCCUUGACUGAGCAAGAGUGAAUUGACUGUCAAAAACACAUGCUCACAUCUGAUAGGAAAAUAACUGCAGGAAAGCGAUCGUCCAAUUAAGUCCGUCGGCACCUGUGGAGGCCUUUCUACAGUGUGUUGUGUCAGUGAUUCCAUGAACCUUUGUGGGUUCCAUUGAACGCGCCUUGCCCUUUUGAUGCCUUCAUCACCCAUAGUCUGAACAAAAUGGGAGAAACAUGUUGUAUUGUGAAGGCUGAUUUUGAAACCGAAGUACUGUGAGCAUCAUACUUUAACAGUAAUUUGAUAGUUUAAUACUAAUUCAGUAAUGUGUGAAUAGAAAUUAAAUAUGAAAUGUUUGAAAUCAAGCAGUCCAGAUUUUAUUUGUCAUGAUCCAUAUUUAUAUCUACCAAAAACAACAGACCUGCAAAUGUAUCAUCCUGAAACUGUGUCUGACUGGGCAUCUCGCCUCUUUGUUGGUCUUACAGGAUGAUGGUCAAUGUGGUGACGGAAAUGACCUUGUAAGUUAAGUAGAAGCUGGUCAGAGGAUGAUCAAUGAGCGGUGGGCUUGUGGUGAGCGUGAGUUAUUCACUUAUGGUUGCAAUCCUGCAGAGGUUAGACACAAUACUGUGCCACAAUUUCUGACAAGACUCUCCUUAAAGGGAAAGGACCAGAUGGUUUUGCUUUUGUCAAAUCAAUCACCGAAGAACUAACAUUGGCAUGAUUUACUGUGGAUCAGCUUUAGUGAAUGUAAAUACUCUCUCAUGACCCGCAAAGGUUUCCAUCUUACAGAGAUAAAAAAACGUUUAGUUUACGUCCAAAUCCCCCCACUUUGAAUCAUUAUCUUGUAAUACUGCCUUUGUGAUGUGGUAAAUUUGCUCUUUGCAUUGCCCAUUUGGAGUUGUCACAGCAAGGUCCAGUCCAGUUAAAACUAGCUUAUGCAUCCUCUGUGAUCACAUCGACCUUCUUCAUACCCUCCUUUAUUGGAUGUUUUUAUAUGAUUGGUUUUCAUUCUAAUUAAUUAUAUUAUUUAUAGUAUUUAUAUUAAGAUUGAAGCUGUCAUUUUCGUAGUUUUUUUUAAUGUGCUACCUCUAAAUGACAUCUUAUGUUGUUUUGUUAUUUUAUUUUAUGUUAUUCUCUGUUUAGUGUCAUUUAUUUAUUUUGAUUUAUUUAUCUCUUAUCUUGCAAUGCUUGACUAUACAGUUGCAUCUUCAAACAACAAUUUCCCAACAAUUAAGUAUACCAAGUGAGUCUUUUUUUUUUUUUUUUUUUACAUAAAAUUUUUUUAAAAUCGCAGUCUCACAACUCACUUUUUAAAUUAAGAAUUUAAACAGACAGUUCAGAAAA